UUUUUCUUCUUUUCAGAAUUUGAACAGCUUGAUUGGAUGGAAAUUUGUACAUCUCACAAUGCUCAUGGUAUCCAGUGCUCAUGUGUGUUAUCAAUACUGAGUGAAAGACUGUAGCUCCAAACAUGGACAGUUUGCAUUUAGAUACAAAAGCUCAUGAGGAUACCAUUGAAUUUGUUUUUGUUGAAGAAAAAAAUAUUGAAGGUAUUAGUAAAGAAAAUGAUCAAGAAGUGAUAGAAGAAGUUAUUGAUCAUGAUAUCACUUUUAUAAAGACUGAAGAUGAUGUAAAUGUUAUUGAUCAUGAUAUCACUUUUAUAAAGACUGAAGAUGAUGUAAAUGCUAAUGAGUGCUCAGUAUGCAAAGAAACAGAAAUUGUUCAUAUGGAAACCAUUAAAAGUGACCCAAAUAUCUUAAUGAGUGACUAUGAAGAUCCAUUAAAAGUGCCAGAGGAGGAAAACUGUGAAGAAACCUCAUCAGAUGAUCUGGUUACACACAAGGAAACUGUGGAGGAUUGCUCUCUCCAAGUUGAUAGGAAAGGGAAACGUUUUAUGUGUGUUUUGUGUUGCAAGAAGUACACUUACAGGUAUGAAUUACUGAAACAUGCAAGAGUUCAUACAAAGGAGAGACCUUAUAGCUGUGAUAUAUGUAGUUAUGCAUUUGCAGAGAAAAGAACUCUGAUGCGUCACAUGUUGGUCCACACAAAGGAGAAGCCCUUUAACUGUGAGAUCUGUGACAAACCAUUCUCCCGUAAAAGUGAAAUAAAAUUACAUAUGAGAGUCCAUACAAAGGAAAAGCCUUUUACCUGUGAAAUAUGUGGCAAGAUGUUCACCAUGAAAGGGAACCUAGGAAUACAUAUGAGAAUACAUACAGGGGAGAAGCCCUUUAGCUGUGAGCGAUGUGACAGGGCAUUUUGUCGCAAAAGCGAUCUAAUUGUACACAUAAGAACACACACUAAAGAGAAGCCUUAUGCUUGUGAAGUUUGUAGUAAAACUUUCUCAGAGAAAGGUCAUCUAAAGAGUCACAUGAGGGUUCAUACAAAGGAGAGACCUUAUAAAUGUGAGAUAUGCGAUAAAGCAUUUUCUCAAAAACACCAUGUAGAAAAACACAUGGGAGUUCAUAAUAAAUUGAAAGCAAGUAUCAGUAAGUCUCAGCCAUCUGAAAGAGGAACUAUCAGAGAAGAAAUGUUAUAAAUUGUUUUAAAACAAAAGUUUAUCAUUUAACUUUCACAUUAUCACAGAAUGUAGCAGGCCCUACUGUAAAUGCCUUUUCCAUUAAAAAUUCAACUCUCUCAUUCAUUAUUUAAAGUAUGUAUCCUCGCAAGACAUUUUAUACUAUAUUUUAGUAUCUCAAUAUCAGCAUUGUACUGUAGCAUAUCAAGAGGACCAGCUUUCUGAUCCCCCCCCUUUCUUCGUACAUGUUUUCAUUUUCAUUCAUUGUUCUAGUUUAUUUUCUUUUUUGUGUUAAUUAAAUUGCUUGCAAUUUAGCCCUUCCUUAUUGGUGUUGAGUUCUUGCCUUUACUUGUUUUAUUAUUUAUGAUGUGAUCACCUAUUUAUAUAUUAUUGAGGAUUCAACCUCUUAGCUUUUACUUCUAAUGUUGAGUUGCGAAAGACAAAAGUAGAUAUGGUUUUGUCCCCUUAAAAAGGUACUUCUGUGCAAGAAACCUAAGUGAAGUAUCUGGCUGGGGCCUUCAUGUAGUUUCUAAAUAAACUAUCAGCAUGGCUUCCUAGGUGUUGCUCAAAUUCAAACAGAACUGACAGAUGCAAUAUUACUGUAGGGAUAGUAUGCCAGGUAAGGAGUUCCACCUUUUUUGUGAUCCCAGAUACAAUUUUACUUUGUGCAGUAUGAGAAGUAGGAUGUGUGAACAUAUAUGCACAGGCAUCUGCUGCCUAAUUAAAGUAUUUAUACAGUAUGAAUGGGAUGGGUUACCAAAAUAUAUGUGUAUAUAUGUGAAAAGGCUUUAAAUGACAUAAAUUCACAAUGUCAUAAAAAAAAUGCAUACAGUAAGAUUUCUAUUUUGAUACUCCACAAGAAUCAUCUUAACAUGUUCUUUUCCAUGAUAAUUUUCCAUUUUACAAAAGUUUUGUUUAACCUUGAUCUUAAACUUUUUUAUGAGAUUAAUAUAAAUACUGUUAUAUGUAUACAUAUUUGAAUAUAUUGUUGAUUAAAGCAAUCAG